UAACCUCAGAUCAGCAGUUCUAUUGCCACACAAGUUACUUAUGUUAUAGGUUACGUUCAUGACCGUUUCACAUCCUGUGUGAGGACUAACAUACGCUUCUCCUGUCCUCCACUAGAGGCUGCUAUGAUGUGAAAUCAACACAGGAAGCGUUUCUGUUUCUGUGACGGGUCAGAGCAGAGGAAAGGCACUCUCUGUGGGGACUCAAAUAUUUUGGGAAGAUUAAAAAUGGUUUAAGGGGUUAUCGUGGCCUGAUCCUGCUGAAGAAUACUGCCACUGGAUCAGUGAAUUUAGACGUGUUUUGUUUUAUUUUGCCCUUCCUACCUUUGACGGAAAUGGCAGAAAUGAGGAUUACAAAGAGUAAUCCCAGGGAAGGUUUGACAGCAAUGUUUGUUUAAUUUGUCAACCCAAAAUAAUUCAUCUGUGAGGGUCCCGUGAGAUUACAAGUUUCCAUCAAAUAAUACGACAUGCAUUUUCCGGUCACACAGAUAAACAGCGUUACGUAAACUUUUACACGCCAUGCAAAGAUUCCUCUGAUAAAGCGGAAAGCAGGUGUAUUGGUGAUGCUGCUAUUUAGGGAGGUCGACUGGGCCGCCACCGCUGUCUGUCUACUGCUGGGACAAGUCAAAAGGUUGUUUCACAGCAGGUUCCACACGGACCACUGAGCUUCAUGGAUAUCACGUAAUAUCCCCAAGCAUGUGGUAACAGCUCCAUCGACAAAUUAGAAAUAAAAAAAAAUUCUUUUUCAUGUUUGGUGGUGCCAGUUAUUUGUUUGUGGCACCACGGAGGAUGUUGCGUGAAUCCGAUGGAUUACACCGUGACAUGAGGGCAGAACUCGAUAUUUAAGAAGAGAAAUUGAGUCAGUUUUAAAAAGCGCGCACAUACAAUAUUGAAAUAUUGACUGAUGAGCACAUUAUUGUCGCUGGAGGCACGGAGGCAGGUCGGUUUACACGAAAAAGAAGCGCGCUACCAGAAAAAAAGCAGCUUGUGCGUAUACUUCUCUAAUGUGGCGCGGUGUAACUACUUCUCUUUGUUCUCUUUCUACCACCCUUACCAAUAGUUCACUUUCUCAUGCGAUGGCCGUCGUUCCCUGCGCUCUCUCUUUCUCUCCGCCGCUCUCUCAACCGCCCGGCACCCCACCCCUUCUCUCUCCCUCCACAAUCUCUCUCUCUCUCACUCUCUCUGUCUCUCACUCUCAGGGGAGAUAGUGUUGUUGUUUGUUGUUUUAAGCCCGAGUUUGGUCCCACCACUCUCAGGAGAGACGAGAAGAGAGAGCAGAAGUCUGUUAUGGCCCACUGACAGGGACUACAUGGGACGUCCCACUCCAGGGAGCAUCUGAUGGGAUUGUAACACUCUUUCCAGCUCAUUUUUUCCCACUAAGGUUGACUCGGCUCAGUCUUUUGGUGCUGUAGCACAGAGGCAAACCUGUGUGCAAACGGACAUCUUUGAGGCCUGAUUUUUAAAGGCAGAAAAUACCUGGCGGCGCGCGGUCGAGGAAUUCAGCUUUGUCAGUUUGCAUUUGGAAGAAUUCGAGCUCGCCGGUUCCCAUUUAGGAGUACGGAGAGAGGGGGAAAGAGAAAAAAAAAAAUACCCAAGAGAAGCGUUUAUCUUGGCACGUCCGUGGUGAGCUGAAAGGAGAACGAGUGAGGAAUUAGUCCCAGAUGAGCACUGAGAGCUGACACCAUCCUCAAUUUCACUUAACGUGAUCGGCCUCAUAUUUCCUCUGUCAGUGAGAAUAUGCUAACUCACUCUAUGACAGGUCUUUAACAGCCAAGACUCUUUGCCUUUUUAGGCUGUUUACACCCGUACACACACACACACAGAUACACACACACACACUAAUCUGAACCUGUGUUAUUUCUAUUUUUCCACCAAAAAAAAAAAAAAAGAAAGAAAUGGACAUAUCUUCCAAACUGCCUGGACUAAAAACUGAAGCGCAAAUUGAAUUUGCAGUUUAAGGCUCUUUGGUUCAUUGAUUCUGCACUGGAAUGGAAGUGAACCACAUCUACUUAUGAAGUUUUAUCUAAUAAACACCGAAGGACGCUCAGCAGCCCCGGCUCUACUUUCGCUCUUGCUCCAGGUGCAGCUCAUGAGGCUCUUGCUUUUUGCUGUUUUGCAUCUUAAUGCUGUUUUGCAUUUGUCAUCCUUGGGUCUGGUUUUCCUGUAACAUCCCGUCGCAGGAACCUGUCUCCUGGCGCCAUAACUUACCACAGACAGCGUGCAGAAACUCGGACAGCUUCUCUUUGUGAUACGUGAGAACAUGGGGGUUUUGUCCACGGCGCAGAAGUUCACUUUCUUUCUCCUUCGCUGCCCGAAGGCACUUUUUGUUACGGUUCUCUGAACUCAGCCUCGACCGCUUUCGAAACCUGCCGAUAAGAUGAUGAACAAAGACUCCCGCUUCUCGAGGAAGACGCACGGCAACUUCUCCACCCGCAGGCACUCGUGUAUCGGUUUCGACGUGGAGAAUGGAUUGUCAGUGGGGCGCAGCUCCCUGGACCCCCAGGCCAGCCCCGGCUCUGGUCUGGUCCUACAGGCCAACUUCCCUCACAGCCAGCGGCGGGAAUCCUUCCUGUACCGCUCUGAUUCGGACUUUGACCUGUCACCCAAAGGUCCCUCCAGAAACUCCUCCACGGCCAGUGACCUGGAAGAAAGCUUGAAGCACUGGGAGGUCAACUGGUUGUCGUCUCGACACACCGAAGACAUGAUCGUCACGCCGUUUGCACAGGUGCUCGCCAGCCUGAGGACAGUCCGGAGCAACUUUGCCGUCAUAACCGGGCAGCAGGAUCGCACAGCCAGCAAGACAAGAUCCGCAGGCAGCAACCCUCCAUCCAUGUGCAAGACCAGCCUCGCAGAGGAGCCUCACCAGCAGCUGGCCAUAGAGACUCUAGAUGAGCUGGACUGGUGUCUGGAGCAGCUGGAGACGCUGAAGACCCGACACUCUGUCAGUGAGAUGGCUUCCAACAAGUUCAAGAGGAUGCUGAACCGAGAGCUCACCCAGCUGUCAGAAACCAGUCGUUCAGGGAACCAGGUGUCUGAGUUCAUCUCUAGCACCUUUCUAGAGAAGCAACAUGACAUGGACAUCAUGUCUCCCCCCACCAAGGAGAAAGACAAGAAGAAGCGGCCCAUGUCUCAGAUCAGCGGGGUGAAGAAACCCACCCACAGCCCCAGCCUCGCCCCCUCUACCAUCCCUCGAUUCGGUGUCAACGCCAGCCAGGAAGGCCUCCUAGCCAAGGAGCUUGAUGACAUAAACAGAUGGGGUAUUGACAUCUUUAAGAUCUCGGAGUACUCUGGGAAUCGUCCACUGACGGUCACCAUGUACACCAUCUUCCAGGAACGAGACCUGCUGAAGUCUUUUAAGAUUCCGGCGGACACUUUUAUUACCUUCAUGAUGACUUUGGAGGAUCAUUACCAUUCGGAUGUGGCCUAUCACAACAACAUCCAUGCUGCCGACGUGGUCCAGUCCACACAUGUGCUGCUGUCCACACCCGCACUGGAGGCUGUGUUUACUGAUCUGGAGAUCCUGGCUGCUCUGUUUGCCAGCGCCAUCCAUGAUGUGGAUCACCCUGGAGUUUCUAAUCAGUUUCUCAUCAACACCAACUCAGAGCUUGCCCUGAUGUACAAUGACUCGUCGGUGCUGGAGAAUCACCACCUGGCUGUAGGCUUUAAGCUCCUGCAGGAAGACAACUGUGACAUCUUUAAGAACCUCAGCAAAAAACAGAGACAGUCGCUGCGCAAAAUGGUCAUCGACAUGGUGCUGGCCACAGAUAUGUCUAAACAUAUGAACCUAUUAGCGGAUCUGAAAACCAUGGUGGAGACUAAGAAAGUCACCAGCCUUGGAGUCCUGCUCCUGGACAACUAUUCAGAUCGUAUUCAGGUUCUUCAGAACAUGGUUCACUGUGCGGACCUGAGCAACCCCACCAAACCUCUUGAGCUGUACCGUCAGUGGACAGACCGCAUCAUGGUGGAGUUUUUCACCCAGGGGGACAGGGAGAGGGACAAGGGCAUGGAGAUAAGCCCCAUGUGUGACAAACACAACGCCUCAAUAGAAAAGAACCAGGUGGGUUUCAUUGACUACAUUGUUCAUCCUCUGUGGGAGACGUGGGCCGACCUGGUCCAUCCUGAUGCUCAGGAGAUCCUGGACACACUGGAGGACAACAGAGAGUGGUACCAGAGCAUGAUCCCCCACAGCCCCUCACCGCACCCAGAGAUCCAGGAGGAAGGAGCCCACGCAGGGGAAGCUUCGGCACCUGGUGGGGGUGGAGGCCCCUCAUCGGCGGACAAGUUUCAGUUUGAGCUGACCUUGGAAGAAGAAGGAGAGUCUGAUACAGAGAGUCCGCUAGAGGUGGAGGAGGGCUACAGCGGCAGUAAAGGGCCUGAUCUGGCUAGAACUGAUUCGGGCACUGGAUUUGACUCAGCACGGGCAACAACUCGACGGCUUCCCAAAAUGCUCAGUAGUGACUCAAGCAGGACGUUUUAUGUAGACUCUGAUAAGGAAAUGGAAGAAGAAAGAGAAACAGACCAAGAAGAUGUCUCUGGGGUACCACGCUUCAGACUUGGCACAUAGCACCUGUCAAAAGUAUGUUUCCUUUUGGCCUUCAUUGUUUCAUUGUUCUUGAUUUCGGUGCCUGGUCCUCUGUCACUCCCCUACCCUAACUCCAAGCAAACGCCACCACCACCACCUCCGGCUUUUUGUGGACAGGGUGACAAGCGAGACUCGGGGUUGGGCGCAUGGGAGUGCGGGUGGAUGUGGAGGGUAUGAAGAAGGUUCUGCGGUUUUACACAGCAGUCACUUGCACUGGAGAGACAGAUAGACUGAGUCACUGUUCCAGGAUGGACAAGAAACCAAGUUUCUGACCCGUCCUUUGUGUUGUGUGUCUUUCAUUCAGACAAUUUGCGGAUAAAGUUCUGCAGAGACAAGAGAAGUUGCAAAAGCUUCCCUUUCUACCAGCCAGCCUAAGGUCUUCUACAACUAAGGACUAAAGUGUCUUCCUCUUUUGGAGUAUUUGUGAAGAAAGUGAGGAAGUGAUGACGAAUGGCCGCGAAAAACACAACAAAGUCUUUUAAGACAUCUUGCCAAACUUGCAAAUUACAGGGACAAUGCUAUUAUGCCUGCCUUUUUAGUUCUUUGUUUGUUUAUUCUGUUGACUUUUAUUUACAUCCAUUUACACACUAAAUGAAGAUUCAGAUCCACAGCAGACUUGAAAGCAGUGUAAGCGAAGUAAUGGCAGAGAGGAGAUAUGCAUGAUUACAUGCAGCAAACUUUACAUGUAGCAAAUAUUUUUGAGUGAAUAUGUCGUUGUAUACAGAGAGUAGCACUGCUUUCUGCUACUGUUGCACAGACCAUUUCAUUCUGUUCAACAGGCUUUUAUUUUGGAGGAAGAGUAUGAUUAUGAUGAAUGAGCUGGCCCCUCAUAUUAUGUCGAUGUUUUCAGUUGUUUCAGAUGUGUUAUUUCCACAAGCUAAGAACAUUGUCGAGCAACUCAACUGAGCCACGGUCAGUAUGGUGUUAGGCAGUGUAUGAAUUACAUCCGCAGCAAUGUGAGUUGUGCAUAUGGCGCCUCCCGGUGUCCACAAGUGGAACUGAAGUUCUGGUACUGAGGUAAAUCAUCUGCAAGAUUUUAAGUGCAUUUAAAAUCUAUUUAAUGAUCAGACUCCCCCAACACUUCAGUUGUUGCUCAUUUUUGAUUCUUUCAUUUCUCUAUUUUAUUUUUUUAAUUUUUGUAAUCACAUUUUUUUUUUCAUUCUAUAUGUUCGGCACCCAUUUUUAUCAGUUUGCCUUGAGCACUUUUUUUCAGUUUUGUUCAUAGGUAGCCCUCAUUGUGGUUUUCAAGGGCUCGAGUCAAUGCCACGAACUCACUGGAUGCUGUCGACUGAGAAACAGCAACCAGCGCGGACGUCAUGCAAAAACUAAAUGCUGCAGCACAGCUCCACUCAAAUCCACCGUCGUCACUGCACAGCAUCCACCCACUGAAAUAGUGUUUUUUAGUAUCCACUUUCAUAAAUUUACCGGAGCGAUAAGGGCAGUGUAUUAGAAGAAGAGGUGUUGCAAAACCGAUUUCCUCAUCUGCAUCGUCGUAACUGUAAAAACCCAAGAGGUUACCAAGAGACAGUUUCCUGUGCCAGAAUUUUUCCUCUCUUUCCUCUCAUUGAUCAAUAUUUUGCUCUCCACAGGGACACAGUCAAUGACAAAACAAGUGCCAAGCAAGCAUGACACAACCCGUACUGUAAUUUCCAUUUUGCCACUGGCUACUUUCCAUCAGUGACUGAUAAAGUUGGUUGAUUGUAGCGCCCUGUGUGCCAAUCUGACCUUAGUGUCUCUGUUCCUUUUUUCUAACUCCUGUUGAAACAGUAACUGAAACUGAUAUUGUCUUAAAACAGUGAUGUGUUUCGUGUUGCGUGUGAGUGAAUGACUGGGUUGACUUUUUCGAAGUAUUUGCUAAGAAAAAACAAAACACCAAAGCACUUUGUACGGUACUUUUACAGUUCUGCACUUCCAGUUCAGCUGACGAUGUUUAGUGUGACUGUUUCACUGUUUUUCCGAUGGUUGAACUGAAUUGCACGGGGCUGGACCACUACAGUUCCUAAAGUGUGUUCCUAAAGGGUGUCAGCAGGAUUGAAAUCUUUUUUAUAUAUAUAUAUAUAUAUACAUAUAUAUAUAUAUACAUAACAUGACUGUAUAAAAUGUGGUUUGUUGAAAUGCAUGACAUUGGCUUCAAGAUUCAACCAGUGUUACGAGCAUAUUGAGUAAUUACAAAACUUCACCUGUGGAGAAACGUGUUUUAACUGUUUACCGCAAAACAGAUUCAGUUUAAACGUAUGAGCUUUUUUGUUGUUGUUUGUUUCGUUGAAGCCUUAUUUUCAAACUUGGGAUGUUUUUUUUUCUGUUUGUUUGUUUUUUCUGGUCACCGACAUGCUGGAGUAAAAUGUGUGCAAUCCUUCUUGUAGCCAUAAACAGCACCAGACAGACCAACACUCAAGAUGCCUUCAACACUAAGGACUAUUUAACAACAUCUUAACCAGCACAACAUGCAAGGGUUCAGUCUCUGCAUGUCACUGACUGUUUGAUUUUGUACAUUUUCCUCACAGUACUUCGUGUACAAUUUAUUUAUUAUUUCUGUAUUAUCUGUCAGAAACGAUGAGACGAAUGAGUAGACUUUUUUUUUUUGUCUGAGGUUUAGUUCUUCUGUAGAGGUUAAAGUGUGAGGACAGAUUUCAACUAUUACUCAAUUUUUUCCUUCUCAUUUCUGUAUGUCUGCAAAUAACAUCAUACAUAAGCAAAAUACUCACUUUCAUGUUUUUCUUGGUAUAAAAAUAACUUGAUGGCAGAUUUCACCACUUAUUUCCUGUCUUCCUCUGUUUCGGCUGAUCCUGUUCAGAUGACGUAUUCAUGAAGGAUCUUGCAGUAGCUGAGGCUUUUUUGAUUCAUAGUGAAGAUUAAUAUAGUCAUCGACGGGCGUCCCAGACCAGGAUUUCUGUUUGUAGAGGUUUUACGAAUAUGGGUCAUGAACUGAGACUCAGCAGCUUUGACAAUCCAAACUCUGUGGCUCUGUUAGCCCUCUCUCCAACUAGAACUGUAUGCCUUGCCAAUAAAGGAAAAACUCUUCAUUCUUUGAA